GUGUUAAAAAUUGCUCAAUAAAUGUUGUUGAUAAGCACGGGCAGAUCGUAGACGAUGCAAUUGAUUUUAGUUUCUACCAGCAAGCAGAAGAGCAACAGCAGCCAGAGCUCGAUGAUCAGUCUGAUUUACUGCAACAAUUUCGACGCCUCUUUGCGCCCAUACUCGAUGAUAGUUUGCAGUUGUAUUAUCAGCUGAAUGACCAGCAGCAGGACGAUGACAAUGAUGCACAACACAUUCGCAUCAAUCGCACUGUGGCCGAACUCCACGAGUUGACGAGCAGCGAGGAGGACACGCUGCUCACCCAGCUGCAAUCACCGCAAUCGUCGUUGCCAAUGGAACCUCCAUUGCCGCUGCCCAUCUCUCCGGGUAGCAGCUCCUUGUCGUCCACCUCGAGCAGCUGUUUGUAUGCCAUACACACACCAUCGCCGCUACGUCAAAGAGGCAAUGCUGUGCAGCGCUUGGAGUCGCCGUUGUCGUUGUCCAGUGAACCGCUGACCAUCACGGAGCAGGUGCAGUUGCAUGCUCCUCCCUGUGACAACAACAAUGUUGGCCUCGAUCUGGAAGAUGAGCCGAGCAGCAGCCACAAUAAUAACAACACGUCGUGCUCGCUGUCUUCCACGUUGACGGACAGCAAAACUCUCGAUGCUCGCACCCCAAUCAUCGUCUAA